AUGAGUAGAUACAGUAGUAAGGAUAACCUUCCGUUUUUAAGGCGGAUGCAUGAUGUAUUUCUUGAUAACGAAAGACGAUCGAGGAAAGAAUCAGAGGUUCGUGAAAAGAGGGUAAGUCAAGAAACCCGCGAGGGGGGAAAAAGUUGGGAAAAAAGUAUUAGGAAAGAAGAGGCACGUCGCCGCGGAAUAAUUAACAGGGAAAGGGCAGCAGAAAAAAGACGCGUUCGCGAAGAGAAAAAACAGGCCGGCAGGGAAAAAAUACGUCUUCGAGAUUUGAACGAGACGGUUGUUCAACGAGAACGUAGACUUCGCAGGAACGAACGCGAAAGAACAAGACGUAGGAAAAAAAGGGAAGCGGAAGCAAGAUAUCUGGAGUUGACGCCGUUUCGGGAAGAUUCGGCAAUACGUGGGAUGGUGGAAAGAUAUAGGAUUGAACCGACAACUGCUUUCGAUGUGUUAACAUUUCUGGAACUUGCCCGGCCAAGAGUUCGGGGGCUUUUGGAUGGAUUACGCGGAAAUAUGUCCAGCAACAUCAGGUUAGAAUUAAUUUGUUUGAUGGGGAAGGAAUUGGAAGAUGGAAGAGAGGAGUUGAAGGAGGCAAGUUUUAUAACGGGAAAUUAUAAGCUUCACGGUGUUGAUGCAUUAACGGAUGAGAUUUGGGAACAGAUGAAGGAAAAGAUUCUGAUAGAAUUUUCUCGCUACCAAAAGGGUGGAAGUAAUUAUGUUUUGAAAAGGGUUCAGCGUUUGUAUAUUCACGUUGGAAAAUUUAUUCCGUUCAGGGGAAAGGGAUGUUCGGAUCCUCUUCCCGAUUUUAUAAGAAAAAAGCAUGCAUUGAUCAAUAUGAAAAAUACAGACGACGAAUGUUUUAAAUGGGCGGUAACCCGUGCGUUAUAUCCGGUGAAAAUAAAUUCCGAGAGAAUUUCAAAGAAACUUCGUAAACAGGCGCAGAAUUUAAACUGGAAAAAUGUUGAGUUUCCGACACCGGUUAAAGGAAGAUCAAUCAUUAGUUUUGAACAAAACAACGGUGUGAAUAUCAACGUGUUCUCGUGGGAUGAAACCGAUGGUUUUCAUCCGGUAAGGAUCAGUAGAUCUUAUUCGUCGGGUGGGGCAACCGUGAUCCGACUUUUUAUUUUAUUUUAUUUAUUUUAUUAA